CAUAAUCUCCCGCCCCUCGACAGUGCCUGGAGGAAGUACAUUUCGGGAGACAAAACGAAACCCCAGAUCCUCCAUCCAUUUAAUGUGCUUUAGUGUGGUUUGAAGCAUAACCUCAAACCUUACACCAAUCACCUGACUCAAAGUUCACUGGAGUAUGAGAUGGAAGUGGUCCUGAUCGCCUGCGGAUCCUUCAACCCCAUCACCAACAUGCACCUCCGCAUGUUCGAGCUGGCCCGGGAUCAUCUACAAGACACAGAAAAAUACCGUGUGGUGAGAGGAAUCAUUUCCCCUGUAGGUGACGGCUACAGGAAGAAAGGGUUGAUCGAGGCCCGCCAUCGUGUGGAGAUGGCAAGACUUGCUACGAAAACCUCAGACUGGAUCGAGGUCAAUACCUGGGAGAGUUUACAGCCCGACUGGGUGGAGACGGCCAAAGUAGUUAGGCAUCACUACGAGGAGCUGAAGGCCGCCCAGCGGGACCAGGGCGAGGACGACACAGUGUCCUACGGGAAGAAGAGGCGCAUGGAGGAGGAGCACCCCUCGAUCAACGAGGCCCCGCCCCCCCAGCUCUUCCUGCUGUGCGGGGCGGACGUGCUGGAGUCCUUCGGCGUCCCCAACCUCUGGAAGCCGGAGGACGUGGAGGAGCUGGUGGGCCACGGCGUGGUGUGCGUCACGCGCGGCGGCAGCGACCCCGAGAAGUUCAUCCACCAGUCGGACGUGCUGUGGCGCCACCGCCGCAGCAUCCACCUGGUGCGCGAGUGGGUGACCAACGAGAUCUCGGCCACUCACGUGCGGCGCUCGCUGCGACGCGGCCGCAGCGUGCGCUACCUGCUGCCCGACGCCGUGGUGACGUACGUGAAGGAGGAGCAGCUGUACAGCGCCCAGAGCGAGCAGAAGAACGCCGACGUGGUGCUGGCGCCUCUGGCCAGGUACACAGACGCCGGCCCCAGCAGAAGGCCCCAGCAGAAGGCCCCAGCUGAGGGCCCCAGCUGAUCAUACUGGGCCCCUCAGCUCCCAACUGAUACUGGGCCCCUCUGCUGGGAGGCCUAGCUGAGGGCCCCAGCUGAGGGGCCCAGCUGAAGGCCCCAGCUGAGGGCCCCAGCUAAGGGCCCCAGCUGAAGGCCCCAGCAGAAGGCCCCAGCUGAAGAACAUGGACGCCUGAGAAACGAUCAGGGGAGCAUUGAGUCCGGUUCGGUUGUGUUUCUGAAGGUGUUUAUCGUCCAAGGUGUGAGUUUUUUAAUAAGAUGUUCUUACUGUGGGGGUGAAGCCCUAAUAAUUGUGGAUGUAGGUUGCUGUGAAUUUUAGAAGGAGAGUAAUAAGAACAUGCUUGUCAACACAAAAGAUUUGGAUAACUUGUCCUUUUUUAAACUAUAGGUUACCAAGGUUUUUUAAAUGCACAACUUAUUUAUAUACAUGUAGGCACAGGAAGGCUCUGAUGAAUUUGAAUAGAAUGUACUGCACUCUCUUUGUAUAUCUGUGCUUUUUAUAACAUUUUUACGUCACAUUGCAGUUUCCUAUCUGGUCUGGAAUAAAGUGCCACAAUCACAGCUAUUGUGUUUUUCUUCAACAUGUUAUGGUUGGGUCGAUUUGAAACUGAAGGCUUCACCUCUCAGACACCUCUCAGGCUCAUGACCUGAUGGAGAGAUAGCGAUAGACACUUCAAUAACUGAUGCCGUGAGAUCCUGGAUACAUCUUGGAUACAUUUAACUAAGACCUUGACAACCCACCAAAAACAAUCACAAUAUCAAAAUAACCUUUAUUUUAGUAGAAUUAUGAAUUGAUCCUUCAUCAUGAAAGAGCAAACCUGUUGA